AUGGAAGAAGCAACACACUCUAUUGUCCGUACUCUGCCGCCCGUGAAUGGCUCCUCAGCUUCCAGAUCUCUCAAGGAACGAUUCGUCGGUGAUCUCCAAGGGACAUCAAAGGCUUCCACUCUGAGAUUCGAAGUCGAACGAGAAAAGGACUUUCCUGAUGCUGAUGGGCGCUAUUCUCAUGGUGUCGUCGACCUGAAGAGAUUCAAGAGCUUGUCCUAUAAAGCCAUUGAUGCUGCUGGAUCCAUGCCAACACGAACUCGCGAUGACGACUCCAAAACUGUCAAGGAUCAGACCAGCACUCGAGAACGUAACGAAAUCAGACAUAAACGACGCCAUUCUCAUGAAACUGUCGCUGUUUCUGUCAGGCAGCUCUUUCAGAUCGAUGUACAAGCUACUGCAGCGAAUUUGCUCAAACAAGAAGAUACAGACGACAAUGAACAAAUCACUGUGGAAGAUGGUGGCCCCAAAGUGUUUUGCCUUGCUACUGAAAACUCGAAUGGCUUCCGGCAAGUCCCUAUUCGUGGCGCCUAUCAACUAGCAAACUUGUUGCAAGAACUUGCUAUUGCUCAAGAACAUAAUCGGAAAUAUAUAUCCCUAUCUCAAGAACGACUCAAUGAACCACCAGUCACCCGAUUGGCGAGACGUAUCGGAGAGAACUUUUGGGAUUCAUUGACUAGACGUAUUGAUGAACAAGGUCUGCUAGUCAUUGGAAGUGAUCCAAAAGACAGAGCUACCAAUCCCAUUCCUCGUAUAUAUGUCCCUUAUGAAGACGAAUUCGCUCUACAAUACUAUCAAAAAGUAGCGGAGAAGUACUCGAAACGUGAUCCACCGAUACCUUUAGAAGUCAUCAAGCUGCCUCAAGAUAUCACACCUGAAUAUGUCAUGACUUUAAAUGAUACACCGGGCCUCCUGUCGCUGGCUUUACGAGUCACUGAUAGAGGUACAGACAAGGAAGUGGUCAAGGGAACACCUUACGUGGUACCUGGCGGUCGAUUCAAUGAAAUGUAUGGUUGGGAUUCGUAUUUCGAAGCACUGGGGUUGUUGGUCGAUGAACGGCCUAAGCUUGCUGCCUCCAUGGUGGAAAAUUUUUGUUAUGAGAUUGAACACUAUGGAAAGAUCCUGAAUGCUAAUCGAACAUAUUACCUGACUCGCUCUCAACCUCCCUUUUUAACCGAUAUGGCUAUACAAACCCUCAAAGUCCUUCAACAAUUCCAUGGUAACGAAUACGAUGCAGCACGUAGUAAACGGUGGCUGGGCCAAGCAUUACGUGCUUCAGUCAAGGAAUUGUUUUCUGUAUGGCUAGCAGCUCCACGACUGGAUAGAAACGUAGGUCUUUGUAAAUACCAUCCUUCUGGUAAAGGUGUACCUCCAGAAACAGAAGCCACUCACUUCGAUCAUAUACUACAACCUUACGCCAAACGAUACAACCUCAGUGUCGAAGAGUAUAUAGAAAAGUACAACUCUGGUGAAAUCCAUCAACCUGAAUUAGACGAAUACUUGCUUCAUGAUCGAGCCGUUAGAGAGAGUGGUCAUGAUACAACAUAUAGAUUUGAAAAGAUUUGUGCACACCUUGCUACUGUCGACUUGAAUAGCUUGACCUACAAGUAUAUGAUUGACUUGUCGAAAUCUAUAAAGUCGUUAUAUGAUGGGUGGUUUACGGUCUCGGUCCGUCGUGGCAAAGAUGAUGUGCACUGGAAGCAAUUUAACUCAUGGCUAGAAACUGUGAAAAAGUAUGGUGUUGAGGACUCUAUUGGUAAACCAGCUACAUUGAGUAAAGAUGGAUCCGUCACAUAUGAUUCUUGGACUGGUCCAGGUGGUGAAUGGGAUUCUUCAUGGGGUGCGGGCAUCAUCGUGAUUGAUGACCACGCCGCCACUACUCCAGUAUCAGCAAACGGAUUUAGUGCACCGAUGGUAGACGAAUCAGAUCCCACCACCUUUAUAACAUACACUAUACCCGAACACGAUGACUCGAAAACAUUCACGGUAUCCAUCAACCAUCGUCUCUUUGACGCUCUAGCCAAACGGACUCGAGACUUGAUAAACCUCUACUUGUGGAAUGAAGAAGCUGGUCUCUACUUUGAUUUCGAUUGUAGUCGUGCCAACAGAACCACGUACGAAUCCGUGACAACCCUAUGGCCAAUGUGGGCAUCCUUAUCCAAUCCAGCACAAGUAGAUCGCAUGCUGCCUAUCGCACUUUCUAAAUUCGAAGUAGCAGGAGGUCUUGUUGCAGGCACAGAAUCAUCUCGAGGUCCUAUCUCACUAGACAGACCAAAUCGACAAUGGGAUUACCCAUUCGGAUGGGCACCUCAUCAAAUGCUGGCAUGGAAGGGUCUCGCACAAUAUGGCUAUCGAGAUGUUGCUGAACGAUUGGCGUAUCGAUGGAUGUAUACUGUUAUGCGUGCUUUUGUAGAUUUCAAUGGUGUUGUGGUUGAAAAGCUUGAUGUUGUUGGAAUGACACAUCGAGUUGCUGCCGAGUAUGGGAAUGUCGGGGCUGAUUUUAAAAGGGUUGUUAAAGAAGGCUUUGGAUGGAUGAAUGCUAGUGUCAAAGUUGCUCUACACGAAUACGUACCUAGGUCUCUAUAUAUUCGUAAUCUCAACCACUUGGUCCCUCCCGAAAGGGUUUUCUUCAAAGUCGAAGGCGAUGGUCACAUUGUUGUCGCUCGUGAUCAACGGUCUCACGAGGAAGAAGAAGACAUCAAAGGACAACCUAUCUCGCCUUCAUCAUCACCCGAGCCUGUAUUCGAAGAUCCAUCUACUGGUGACAUCUUCGGGUCAGUAGAAGACAGCAGUCCACUACGCGGCAUGAUGUCACAUCCAUCAACUGGAGGUCCACCAUCACCAAUUGAAGUCAAAGCAUCGUAA